AAAAUAUACGUGUUCUAAAAUACGUCCCAAAGAAGGUAAAAAGUCAAAUGAAAAAGAAAAAAAUAAUAAUAUAGGGACAGAUAGAGUAGUAACUAAUUAGAAGUUACUCUUCCAUAUCACUAAUUCACUAUCAUCAAAUUGGCAUGAGAUGAGAAAUUUCGGCAUACGCCAAGAACUCAAACAAAUCUGUCAAAUUAAAAAAGAAAAACAAAGAAAUUGCUUCAAACCAAAUUGCUAAAUCUAAGACAAGUGUCGAAUUUCAAACAUUCCGGUGUCGAAUUUCAAUUGCUAAUAUACAAAGCGGUGUAUUUUAUCCGCUUUUAUUAAAUUCUACCUCUUCAAAAAUGUCACCUUUCUUCUAAUUUCAUCUUCUUGGUUGAAAAUCUCUGAAAAAAAAGGAAAAAAAAAAAGAGAUUGAGAAAAAAUGUUGAUGGGUUUAUUGAGUAUUCAAUCGAUAAUGGAUAUGGCUUUGGCUGGUAUUUCAUUGAUGAUUGGUCUUGGUAUUUUCGGCUUCAUUGCAUCUGUUCUUUGUUCUGCUGCCUUUUUUCAGCAUGCUAAGCUUGUUUCUGCUUGAUUUUCUUAAUGCCCAUUUUUGGAUUCAGGGCUGUAGGGUGCAUGCUUUCUCUGGAAUGACUGGACAAAAUUGCGGUUCAAUUUGUUUUCAUCCGUUUAAAGUUGGGUAGGCUGCUGUUGUAGAAUAGUUUCUACUAAUUAACAAUGUGCGAAAUGGUGCAUGAAGAUAUGCAUGUCAUAGUCAAUGCACAAUAUUAAAUGUAAAUCGCAUCCUCUAUGGAUGAUGUAUUGAUGCACUCAAGAAUUCUCUGUAUGCAAGUUUGUGGUGAUUUCAGGGUUCAAGUCGAGAAUCUGUUGUUAUACUGCCCAUGUGUUAAUGCAUUCAUGAAUAUUAGAUAUACAGUUUUUGCUGAGUUCAGGUUUAAAGUCGAGAAUCAGAAUCUGCUGGGAAAAUGAUGUAAGUUAUACUGCCUAGUGCCUACCCCCGUCCCCCUCAGUUGCUCCCUCAGACUGGUGUGUGAUAUCUUCUGCAAUAUAAGAUAGGCUCCCAAAGGCUUGAAUGAUCCAAUAAAUGCUAGGAUAUGGAUUGGUGGUCGUACCUCCACAACAGAAGCUUCCCAGGAAGCUAAUCGUUUGUCCGUGAUGGCGGCUAGGAUAUGAUCAUACGUGACCUGAGCAACUUGAACCAUAUUUCAACGGAAGAACCAAAUUGGGUCAAUUUGGGGAUGAUGUUAAGGAAAGCCAACCAAUAACUAAAAAUAUUAGGCAAAGUAUAACCAGAAAAGCCAAGUUGAAAGGAAAGUCUGUUUGGAAAUACAUGGGUCAUGGGCAUUGGUGUUUUAGUAUAUUGCAUCCGGUUUUUUAGGGAAUUGAGGUUAAGAUCAUGCCAAGGUUUUGUUGGAUUUACAGGGACUGGCAAGAUUUUCAUUUUCCCGGAAGAUUCAACUAUAGGAAUCGUCGAUGACCCAACAUCACAGCCUAGCCUCAACUGGACUUGGGGAAAUAUCAUGUUGUUAUCUCCGUUCGGAGUCUUAUGUUACGUAUGCUGUUGCAUAUAGCUACUUAGCUAGUGAGGUAUGUCAUGUGUAUCUUGUCUUAACACUGUCUAUCAUAGUAUCAUAUACUUUCGUAAUUUCGUAUACAAUAGCAUAUACCUAGUAUGUUUGGGAACAAGCUAGGAGUGGAAAAGAAAUUAGGAGCACCUACUGAAGAAUUGUUUUUAAUAUUUUCAACUGUAUAAUAGAUGUACAACUCUGGAUAGGAAAGAUUACUUGGGGAUUGUAAAAAGAAGCGAGGUAAGGAGGACGGAAAAAUGUGGCAUAUAUAAGAUCAUCGACCACCUAUGAUCUGGUAGGAAAAUAAGAAAAACUUGGUACAA